AUGGGGACCCUACGUAACGCCCCGCCACCCCAAUGGCUCCUAGAGAGCAUUUCCCUCCAGGGAUUGAGCCUCUUAGAUCCUGUUCCCGAACACCUAAUUGAAAAGUACGAUUUCAUUCACCUUCGUCUCCUUAUCCUUAUCGUUCAAAACAGCGAUCCUGUCCCUAUUAUCAAAAAUGCAGACCGCAUGCUGAAACCAGGCGGGAAUAUUCAAUGGGAUGAUCUGAACUACCCAGACACGAAUAUUUUCAAGGUCGAUUCAGAAAUACAGAUGCCCGCCUUGGACGAGCUUCGCCAAUUUGUCUACUCCAAAUGGACAGCAUGA